AUUCACACUGACAACAGAGCCAGUUUGCUCUUAUUCACACACCCACUAAUUCUCAGUCAGAUGAGUUCAUCUCCAGACAAAGAUCUGUAACAGUCCAUACAGGGAACUGGAUUACGAGUCAUUCUUCUAGUACGCUAAAUCAUUUCCAGAAAACAAAACUACAGCAACAUCAGAUCAAUCAUCAGUUUCAGGUUUCAGCCAUGGUGCUAUUUGAGGAUCAGGAAUGUGGGGUUUGUUACCUGCAUUACUCCCGCAUCGAGCGCGUUCCCAGAACUCUCCACUGCAACCAUACAUUCUGCACCCCCUGUCUGGAGACAAUGGGGCUGCAUUACAGCGGCCUGCGCACCAUUCGCUGCCCCCUCUGUCGCCAGGUGACUUGUGUGGACCGUGGGCUCAGCUUGCAGGAGGCUCUUUUUGUCAAUAGCCAACUGUGGGACAACAUUUGUGAUGAGGAAGAGGAGGAAGAAGACAAGAGAGAGCAGGAAAAGGUGGAAGAGGGGGAAGUAAACGCUAAUAUGCAGGUGCGGCCCUCGUCACAGGCUAAAUGCUCAGUGCCAACACAAAACAGACCCAAACUCCGACUCCUAUCUUUCCUGAAGAAAAUUAGUUUUUCCAGGCAUCCCGAAGAGAGGAUUGUUCCAACCUGCAAUGUAGAAAUCAUGUCAUGGCGAAGGAUUUCAUCAGAAGAUAUUUUCUGAAAAGUGGGACGGACACCACAAACAAAGGAUUAGCAAUAGAAACAGUAGACUUUCACUGUCUGUUUUGCUGCUGUCAUUAAAAGUGUACGCCAUGCGCUAAUUACACAUGGCAUGCUGAAAAAGCAGGAGCAACAGUCAGUCCUGGGCAAGGUUGUUUAAACAAACCAAUCCCCUCCAUGUGCUUCCACAAAUGCAUUUUCCAUUUGAAUAGCCACAAGUCUGAAUCCCGCUCCUCCAUCUGAGGGGAACUUCUCAUUAGAUAUUCCACCCUUAAUCCGUCCCAGCUGCUGAGGCCGGAUUUGUUUCAGCUGUCCCAAGAGAGACAGGGUCCCAGAUGCGAAACAAGACUUUUGGAGCAGAUGGCAUCUUGUGAAACAUCACCCAUAUGUCUCAAAUGAACUGUUUUAAAUUAUGUUAUGCUUUGUUAUUUAUAUAAUUUAUAAUUUGUUGUAAAUUAAAAAAUUCUGAUUACUAAA